UAGGGUUUAUGUAUAUGUAGAAACGCCAUGUUUUUUGAGCUGGAAUGAACCCAAUUUCAAAUUAUAUAUGCAUUGAAUUUUGGAAAGUGGGGGAGGAAUAAUCCAGAGUGUUUUGAUGAGACGAGGGUGUGAUGAAAGAUGGUGGGUUUUAGAGGGGGUUGGGUGGUGGUGAAGAAUCAUGUGGUUGCAUGUGCAUUGAGCUGGAGAACAUGCCCAAAGCAACAAGCAACGCUCUCAAGUCACUUGGCUCUUCCUCAUUCAUUUAUCCCCACUCCUUUGGAGUCCUUCUCUGAAAUUGUGUUGUGGUCCCUACAAUUUUUUUUUUUUAAUUUGUAUUAUCCUCAUUGGCUACCAACCCUAUACCCAAAAUACCAUAUAAAUUGAUGUCCUCGAUUCUGGUAUCCAUGCGCUUCUAUAUCCCAAGGUCUUGUCUAGGCAACCAAAUUUGGAGGGUGUGCUUAAAAUUCUCAGGGUUUAGGAGAAGCUAGAGAUUGAGUUCUUAGUUUCGAUUCUUAUAAUGGGUGUUUCUGCGCAUCCUCUCAUUGUUUCUUUGAAGGGUGUGGUCCAAGACAGUGAAGAAAUGCACCCAAUCUUGGAAUCCCAAACCAGGAGAAGGUGGCAAGUAAUGAUGAGGAAACAAAGAGUUUCUAGGAAAAAGAGAUCGAGAAAGGUGUCAAUCAACAGCGGGACACGUCAAGAGAGAUCUAGAUCAAAAGCCGCAAAUGGUAUCCGUGGAAGAGUUAGGACCCUGAAGAAGCUAAUCCCUAACAGCGAAUCUGCGGGACUGGAAGGGCUUUUCAGAGAGACGGCUGAUUAUAUUUUGUCUUUACAAAUGAGAGUUAAAGUCAUGCAGAUAAUGGUUAAGGUAUUAACAGGUUCCGAUGAGUGAACCAAUUCGUUUAUAAAGCCUAUAAUUCUCUUAUUCCUUAUUUUCUUUCUUUUAAAAAAUGUCUUCUUUAUUUGUUAUUUGUGUUAUUCACAGCCAUAUAGGAGCUUGUUUUGUAUCUCCAGAUAUGUGUUCACGAUUGUGUAGAUUUAACUACAGCUUUAUCAUUUAGUUUGUGGACAAAUGAAUUCUUCAAUUCACUAUUAUUUAAUUUC